AUGGAUAAACACGCCAUCGUGGGUCGAUCGUCCAUCUUACCAAGUGUGACGGAGCGCUGCGUGGAAAUAUUGAUGUCCGCUGAGUUGGGCCUGCACAAGCUGAAGUGGCUCAGCCUGAGUCGUAACUCCAUCAACAACUUGGCCCCUGAGGCCUUUGCCAGCCUGUCGGCCCUCAGGCGCCUCAGUCUGGACCACAACCAGCUGCAGUUCUUCCCCACGCAGGCCAUGAGCAGAGCCCGUGAGGUGACCCGUCUGGACAUGAGCCACAACCCCAUGGUCUACCUGGGUGAAGAGUCCGUCUCCAUGGCCAAGCUCACACACCUGUACCUGGACCACAUGUCCCUGCAGGACCUCUCAGAGCAGGCCUUGUCCCAGGCCCCCAUGCUCUCCCACUUGGACCUGAGCCACAACCAGCUGCGCUACCUGGACCCUCUCUCGGGCCCCAACAACCUGGCCAGCCUCAACCUGACAGCCAACCCCGUCUACUGCAGCUGCUACAUGCGGCCCCUGAGGACCUGGGCCAGCCAGGCCGCCGUCCGGCUGCUGGGGGCCUGUGUCGGACCGCCUCACCUGUCCGACGAGCCGCUGGCAGCCGUGGCUGCCGCCGACAUGCGUUGCCGCAGCAACGGGGACCAGCUGAAGGAGGAGUUUGAGGAGGAGGAGGGGAUGGUGGGCGGUGGCACACCGACACCUGUGGCAAAGACCAAGGGCCACGUCAGAUGUCCCCUGAACUGCCACUGUCAUGUGGACUGGCAUCACGCCACAUGUGAGAACGGAGGUCACACCAGAGUCCCGCGAGGCUUUCCCGCCAAAACGCAGCUCCUGGACCUGCGCAGCAACCACUUCCACGUCCUGGCCGCCAACAGUUUCCCAGGCAGCAGCCAGGUGGUGUCUCUGCACUUGGACUCCUGCAGGAUCCAGGAGGUGGAAGGAGGUUCCUUGAGAGGGAUGAAGAAGCUCCUCUACUUGUAUCUCUCUGACAACCAGCUCACCUCCCUGCCUCCUGACGCCCUGGCAGGUGCGCCCCAGCUCAGCUACCUGCACCUGGAGGGCAACCACCUGGCACACUUCCCUGGAGCAGCGAUGAGACUCCUCCCAGGCCUGUUCGCAUUACACCUGGAGAGAAACGCUAUCUCCAAGCUGGAGCCGUCUGGUCUGCUGUCCUCGGUCUCGCCCGGACUGCGAGAACUCUACCUGAGCAACAACACCAUACGCUCGGUGGCAAGAGGCGCUCUGGACUCCGCCUUCCUUGGGAAACUUCACCUGGCUGCCAACAAACUCACCAAGGUUCCAAGCGCCGCCCUGUCCAGGACCCCCGGUCUGGAGGAGCUGAACCUGUCCCACAACCGCAUUCUGUCCGUAGGAGCCAACGCCUUCAAGCCGCUCUCCCAAAGUCUGAAAUGGCUCCACAUGGACCGGACCAACACUGAGAAGAUGUCCAGGGACGCCCUGGCAGGACUUGGUCCAGGACUGAAGACUCUCACCCUGAGAGGGAACCGGCUGAAGGAACUUCCCCACUUGCACUGGCUCACCGGCUUGGAGGUGCUGGACUUGCAAGGCAACCCCCUGCUGUGCGACUGCACCUUGCUGCCCCUGCGCAGGUGGAUGGACAACGUGAGCAUGGAGGUGGGCGCCACCUGUGGCCACCCUGCACACCUGAAAGGUCAGAAGGUCAGGGAUGUGGAGCUGUUUAAGUCUUGUAGUCCAGCAAGCGGCUCUGCUUCGGACACUAAAGGUCUUGUGGUCCCCGCUCAAGUAAAGCUCAAACAAGCCCAAGUGAACCUGGUGAAGACUAAACCUGGAAAGAACCUGGUGAAGACUAAACCUGGGAAGAACCUGGUGAAGGUUAAACCUGGGAAGAACCUGGUGAUGACUAAACCUGGGAAGAACCUGGUGAAGGUUAAACCUGGGAAGAACCUGGUGAAGACUAAACCUGGAAAGAACCUGGUGAAGACUAAACCUGGGAAGAACCUGGUGAAGGUUAAACCUGGGAAGAACCUGGUGAUGACUAAACCUGGGAAGAACCUGGUGAUGACUAAACCUGGGAAGAACCUGGUGAAGGUUAAACCUGGGAAGAACCUGGUGAACGUUAAACCUGGGAAGAACCUGGUGAAGACUAAACCUGGGAAGAACCUGGUGAAGGUUAAACCUGGGAAGAACCUGGUGAAGGUUAAACCUGGGAAGAACCUGGUGAAGGUUAAACCUGGGAAGAACCUGGUGAAGACUAAACCUGGGAAGAACCUGGUGAAGACUAAACCUGGGAAGAACCUGGUGAAGGUUAAACCUGGGAAGAACCUGGUGAAGGUUAAACCUGGGAAGAACCUGGUGAAGGUUAAACCUGGGAAGAACCUGGUGAAGGUUAAACCUGGGAAGAACCUGGUGAAGGUUAAACCUGGGAAGAACCUGGUGAAGACUAAACCUGGGAAGAACCUGGUGAUGACUAAACCUGGGAAGAACCUGGUGAUGACUAAACCUGGGAAGAACCUGGUGAAGACUAAACCUGGGAAGAACCUGGUGAAGCAGUCGUAGGCAACGAAGAAGAAGAUUGAGAGGAAACCUGGAGGAGUAACCGUGUCAAAAAAGAAAAAACUGAUGAAAAAUUAAAAUAUUGAUUUGUUAGCGUUUUCUUUGAUGUGCUGAGCAUGUUACAGACUGACAACAUUUGCUGUGCAAGAGUCUUCUAUGUGUGUAUAUUGUGUGGUGUAUCAAUGAAAUAGUCAAUAAAAACAAUGUAUAUUGUGUAUCAAUGAAAUAGUCAAUAAAAACAAUGUAUAUUGUGUGGUGUAUCAAUGAAAUAGUCAAUAAAAACAAUGUAUAUUGUGUGGUGUAUCAAUGAAAUAGUCAAUGAAAACAAUGUAUAUUGUGUGGUGUAUCAAUGAA